AACUUGUCUUAAUUACAGAAUUACAGAAAUGAAACGAUAAAUUUGCUGCUGAGCUUUCAAAGAUGUCAGCGCCCUGUUGUAUAAUACCAUAAGAAUUUUGUUCACAAAAACAUUAUUCUUAUAAAUAAGCAAAUAAAAAAGAUCUCCAAGUGAAGGACAAUGUCUUUGCCAAUUCUGACACGAACAUACACAAGAUGUCGGGCAUCAAGAAUGCUUGUUCGUCUGUACAGCCAGAGACAGAGAGAAGAGAGAACUAAAGCUCUACUAGACAAGAUCAUCCGUAUUGAUCAUGCAGGAGAGUUUGGUGCUAAGAGAAUCUACCAGGGUCAGCUUGCUGUACUCCGAGAUACUCCUACCGGGCCAAUCAUACAGGAGAUGCAGGAGGAGGAGGAGAAGCACCUGGCUGAGUUUGAGCGCCUAAUGAAGUCCCACCGCGCCCGCCCAACUGUCCUGAUGCCUCUCUGGGACAUCGCUGGAUUCGCCCUUGGAGCAGGAAGUGCCCUGCUUGGGAAGGAGGGGGCCAUGGCCUGCACUGUAGCGGUGGAGUCUGUCAUUGGUCAACAUUAUAAUGACCAAAUCAGAGAAUUGAUGGAGGAUGACCCUGAGAAGCACAAACAACUUCUGGAGACCCUGAAGGAGUUUCGAGAUGAUGAGCUGCACCACCAUGAUACGGGACUUGAACACGAUGCUGAAAAGGCUCCAUUCUACAAAGCUCUGACAGAGGUGAUCAAAGUUGGAUGCAAGGGAGCCAUUUGGGUUUCGGAGAAAGUUUAGAUGUUUAAAAUGUAUUGUUACUUUUCUUUUUUAAAUUAUAAAAUAAAACAAUUGAGUCGAA